CUAUCUAUCCCACGAGCAUAUUGCACGCUAGCUCGCGCUAGUACACAGGUCCGACAUUCCCACGAAACGCGCCCGGAAGACCGCCGUAAACAAACCGCAUCGAGUGCAUUCCAACCGUAUAUCAACAGUCUCCUGAUUGAAAAUCACUAUAUCUCUCAGAGCAACGCAGCCGCGAAGAGGAGUAGCGCAGACGGGAAGUCGCAGAGAGCGCGCGCAAAGGAAGAACAACGCAGGCACAACCAACACCAUGGCAAAGAACGAGGAAGAAGAGUACCUCAAAAUCGCUGCAAGACCACUCAAAUUGCUUGGCGCAGGAGUUUCUGGGCACGUCUUUGUUGUCGACGACCAUACUGUUGUCAAGGUAGCCUUAAAGAGCGGCAAUGCAUACAUGGACAAUGAAUGGCUUCAAGACCAUUUAAUUGAGCGGAGGAUCUAUGAGCGACUUGGAAAGCAUGACCGGAUAUGCGAACUCAAAUAUACGAUUGAUCGUGGGCUUGUUCUAGCGAGACUAAAGCAAUGCCUAAGGGAGCGGUUGGUGGACUUCCGGAAACGCAAUAUGCUACCCUCGUAUGAAGAGAGAUUUAGGUGGUCGAUCCAGGCAGCGCAAGGAUCUGCUUAUAUCCACGAGAAAGGCGUUCUUCAAAGCGAUAUAGGCUGCCAAAAUCUUCUCCUUGAUGAAAACGAUAACAUCAAACUCUGCGACUUUGGCGGCUCAUCAAUUGACGGCUCAAAACCCUUAUGCAGUCCCGGUACAGGAUUUCAACGCCCUACAGAAGAUGAAGAUACAAUCAACAUAAGGGACGAACUAUUUGCCCUCGGCAGCACGAUCUACGAGAUUUGGACAAGUAAGAAGCCUUACCAGGACGAUUCUGGGUGCGACGCCGACUACAGGACCGUGCUGGAUCACUUCAAAAAUCAGCGAUUUCCAGAUCUAACAGGCAUUCUUCCUGCGAGCAUUAUCAUGAAGUGCUGGCUUGGCUAUUAUGCGUCGGCCGCAGAAGUAGUCAUAGACUUUGAAGCACUACGGAAAACACUAACGACAAGGAUCAAGCCAUAGGACUCGGUAGCGCUUGCAUGGACCCACAUCACUUAUGAGCUUGUCACUCCUCUGGAUCCCAUGAAUAUACUUCCUCGGCGGAUGACGACUGCUCCAUCAAUCCCUGCGGUCUUAGAUCCUCCUCGUGACAGUCAGUGGCCGCCGCCCAGGUGGCAUAGUCC